AAUGAAUAGUGAGUUGAUUGACAAAAAUUAGUCAAAAGCUCCUUAAUUUAGUUAACUUUUUAGAGUAAGCUUGAAUGUGAAAUCAAGUGCCAUGACAUCUGCGUCAGGAAUUUCUAACCCUACAUUCUUCAGUGGUCCUUCCGAUAAGUUGAGUGGAAGUGAAGACAUGACGGAACGAAAGGACAUUCCUUAUAAAAAUCUGACAGGUACCGAUGACGAUAAAAUUUCCGUCGUCUCCGACGAGGGCGAUUUACAAUGUUCAACUUCAGAAUCAUCGUUAUCGGAAAAUUCAGUCGAUAUUCCCACCGCCAAAGAGCGAGAGGCAAAAUCAACCAAGAGAAGCAGCAGUGGUUCAGACUCGACAAAAAGUAUCAAGAAAGAAAGUUCGGAUGGAAAGUCGCUGGAGAAUAUCCAGGACCAUGAAUCAGUUGAAAGCAAAAAGGCCAAGAAAACAUCCAGCAAGUUCAUCGUCAUGAUGGUUUUGUCGGCAUUCACCGCCAUCUUCGGCGUGGCGAUGCUGGCUGGCGGCUACGACGCACUCUUCGACUCCAUACUACAGUCACAAAUGGAGGUGAAGCCUGGUUCUCAAGCGUACGACAUCUGGAAGGACACUCCAGUGCCGCUCACCAUCAGCUUCUACCUCUUCAACCUGACCAACCCUGUGGAGUUCACCAACGGCGGGCGGCCGAUGGUGGAUGAGAUUGGACCCUACGUGUACCGAGAGUACCACAAGAAGACGAACCUGGAGUUCCACGAGAACGCGACGGUGUCUUUCUACCAGCAGCGUUGGUGGGUGUGGGACCAGGAGGCCUCGGGCAACCUCAGCGAGGACGACCCCAUCUGUAUCCUCAAUACAGUGCCUGUGUCAGCGGCUUACUCAAGUCGUGACCACCCCUUUCAACUCACCGGUCUAAACAUGGUGCUAAACCAAGUUAACGAGACUCUGACGGGCGUUUUCCCGGCUCGGCAGAUACUCUUCGACGGAUAUCAGGAUCCACUUCUCGACUACGUGCAAAGAAUCCUAAACAACGAGUCCAGGAUCCCUCCUGAAGCCCUCGACUUACUUGAUCUUCCCGAUGGUCUAUUAAACUACGACAGGAUGGGAUGGUUCUAUAAAAGAAACCUGAGCGAGACCUACGACGGUUGGUUCAACAUGUUCACGGGCACCGACACACUUGAUCACGUGGGCAAUAUUGACUGGUGGAACCAGAUACGCGAAACUGACUACUACCAUGAGGGCUGCAAUCAAAUCUUCGGGUCAGCCGGCGAGAUUUGGCCACCAGGCCAGAGUGCCACCAGCAUCUCCUUCUAUUGCACCGACAUGUGCUCCACGCUAACUCUGCGAUACAAAGAGGACGUAACGGACGAGUUUGGGCUGGAGGGCUAUCGCUACUGGGCCGACAACAUGACGUUCGCGUCUGCCGACGUCGCACCUGAGAACUUGUGCUACUGCUUCACCAACGACACGUGCCCGCCCUCAGAAUCAGAGCUGGGGGUGCCAAUAAGCGUGCGGGCGCGUAUGCAGCUCAACAUGGCGGUUGUGCCGUACAAAAAUCUUUUUGGCUUUGGAACAAUCGAUAUCUUGAAGAGAGUGAAGGAAGUGAUCUUGCCCCUAAUCUGGUUCGAGGUGAGCGCGGGUCUGACGGAAGAGCUUGCGAAGGACCUGAAGCCUGUGAUGUUCCUCCUCCACACGCCCACCAUGACCAUCAUCUGGAGUCUCUUGGUCGUGUGUGGAGUUUGCGGGUUCGGUGCUGUCUUGUUCUGGUGGAAACGUUGAGCAGUCAGUGGUAUUUCUUAAAAAAUACCCUCUCGGAAACUACUUCAGGGCUCGUGUGCAUGUCAGGAGUAGUAUUAUUUUAGAAUAAUUGAAAGCGGAACCGCUUUGAAAAGCCAAUUUCAGAAACCCAUUACGUAUUACAAUUCGUCUCGAAAACUUAUCAUUAAAUCAGAAAAAUAUUGGGAAUUGUAACGUUGAGUGAGGGUGCUGAAGUUCAGGUGUUGCGUAAUUUCAUUGCAAUUAUGGCAUUAUUCAUUAUAUGCGUCCGAUUCCUCAGAACACCAAAUGCUAUAAGGCAAUAAGACUGCACGCCAACAGCACCGAUGGUCUAACAGUGUUUACCUGAGAAGAAUGUGUCAGUGUGUGUUUCAUCAUUUAUGUGUGUACUGUAAUUUCGAUUUUGGCUUUUGAAAUUUUCUUUAUUUCAGUUGUAUAAUGCGGGUUUAGUUUAAAUUUAAAAUUUCAACCAAAAAGUUUUGAGUGUAAGUUAACCUUAUUCGAAUUUUUAAUGCAAAUACCAGCUUUCCUGAAGCAUAUCAAUAAUUAAGUCCCUUAGUUACAACCUCGUUUUGUUUCUCACCUGCAGCUCAAUUAUCAUGCAAAAUUUUGCCACAGCUACAAUUCUAUUGGAAUAAAAACUAAUUUAGACCAAAAUUUAAUGUUAUCCUCAGUGCACGUCGUAGCAACAUCGGCAUAACAACGUCACUGCCCGGCCCUAAUUUCCUGCUUUUGUUGUCAUUCGUACCCAAAUAAUUACUGGUGUAACUUCUUUGCGCCAUCUUCUUAUUAUAAUUGCAGUAUUUUUGCCAGGGCUCCGAGGUUACGUGCUUUUGUUUAACUUCACAUUCCUCUGGCCGUACGUUUGUUGAUUGUUGCAAGAAUUUGUGUGUGUAUAGAUUUUGUGUUCAAAAAUUCGCAAACAUUUGUCAAAAAUGUAACAUGAUGUCUGUGAGUGAAUAUCUUUUUUGCAUUCAUUAUAUCAAAUCGAAGAGGUGUCUCUUAACAAUCGACCUUCAAUACACGGUCAUGUUAAUGUUAUGCGUAUGCCGUAACGUUGACAUUGAGACAAAUUUUUUUAUAUCAACACUUACAUACAACACAGUUUAAUUCCGUGUCGUUGACAAUUGUCAGGUACCGUAGCCAUAUGUCUAUACGUCUACAUACUUCAUCAGCGUACUCCAACUUUCCACUCCUGUAAUUAGCUGUGAUACUCAUUAUAUACUCGUAAAUGUAAAACUGACUGGCACGAAUCUGUCAAGUUCGCAUAGCCAUUAGAAUAACCAAAAAUACCCUAUAUUCUUUUUAUUAUGUAAACAUAAUUGCUGUCUCGACCACUAAAAUUUACUCAUUUACGCUACGUCCUUAAUUUUUUGCGCGCAAUUUCACCUCAAUAGUGCUCAAACUUUAGCUGUAAUAAAUAAUUUAAGUAAUCUUUUUCUGAAACAGUAAGUUUCAUACAAACACUAUUCUCUAAAAAUGCUUGCAAAAUAACUUUUCUUCGAUGACCUUAGACUCGAUUAAUUGAACGCUCUCCCGUGUGCAGAGCCUCUGUUUGUGUUUGCUCUAUAUAGGAAUAAGAGAUCUCACAAAUAUUCUCUCAUUUCAACGUUAUUAACUUAUCUAUUAAAGAGACAUCGUGCUGCUGAUACGACAGCAUCAAUGCAAUGCCAGGUGAACCUUUUUGUGAUCGCCGGGUGCGAUGAGCCGUCGUUGUGCAGAUGGCAUUCUCCGAAGUUUUUUUUUUAAAUUUUGGGAUUCUUGGGAGCCUAGAGCAUGAGUUUCACUGGCC